UCAGCGUCGCCAGAAAUGACAGGUAAGAAGAACGAUAUACUAUAAAAGCUAAGGAGAAAUGACAGUUCUACACAUUGCCAGCCUCUUGGCAGAUACAUACUCACAUCAAUAAGAAACCAAGGAAGAGAGACCACUAUGUCUUCUCCAAGCAACUUGCCAGGGUUCAAGUCACUGCUGCUGUUGCUGAUUCUGGCAGUUAUGAUGAAGAUGGGAGUCUCAAUGCCAAAGAAGUCAGGCUGCCCCAAAGUAGAGGGGAAUGACUCUUUACAGAGCAUAAGGGUCAACAUGAAUAUGAUUAACCGGAACCAAGGCUCAAAGAUAUCCCCCGAUUACAAGAACCGCUCUACCUCUCCCUGGGAUUUAGUGCAAAAUGUGGACGAAAACAGACAGCCCCGGGUGAUCUGGGAAGCCAGGUGCCGCUACUCAGGCUGCAUCAAUGUAGAGGGCAAAGUGGAUUACCACAGGAACUCGGUCCCCAUCCAGCAGGAGAUCAUGGUCCUCCGGAGAGAGUCCCCAAACUGCUCCACUUCCUUCCGACUAGAAAAGAUAUUGGUGACGGUGGGCUGCACCUGUGUCAUCCCACGCACAGUGCCCUGAAAGCUGAGGGGCAGCUCAUUGGGAAGGUGCUUCAGAGGCAAUGGGGCAGCCUCCAACUUUGCUUCCAACAAUAGAUACCUCCCCUUAGCUGAACACAAAUCCUCAGAGAGCAAUCCCAUCUUAGACCAAAUUCUAGAGAAUCUAAAGAACAUUCAAUCCUUCCAUAGGAUUGUAUGAUUCUAAAACUGAUAGGACCAUUAGUU